AUCAAUUUUCAAAAUUAUUGGCUGAUAUCCUCUCCCAACCCGACGCCCUCCACCUUUCUAAUUUCUACAACCCCCGACCAGAGUUUCCUCUCAUUCCCUGAAUCAGCAUGAAACACUAGCUCGCCAACCCUUACUUGCGACAUAGAUUGUGGUCGAAUUGGGUUCUUCAUCAGAUUCUGAGGGAUUGUGGUCGAGUUGAGUUCUUCGAGUGUUGGGUUUAGGGUUCUUAAAACCCUAGCUACACUGUUCCUUGAUUGGGUUUUGAGCUAAGAUUGUUGCGCGAGUUGAGCUCCUAACUCAGAUAUCAGAGUCUGCUCGAGCGUUGUUCCUUCAACUCUGUUAAAAUACUUGGAUCUUGUGCUGACUCCUUUGCAUAGAGAUAUAGAAAUAGAAAUAGAAAGUGGUUGAGAUCAGAGAUCCUCUCUCCACGGAACAGUGACCAAGUAGUUUGCAGAUUGGGAAAGGUAUUCUGUCAAAGAGAGAAUGCACACUACCAUUGAAGAGGGUUAUACACCUCCUCCAGAAUUUCAGGAGGAUGCCAAGGAUCCACUCGUCAAACUUGGUUUGACAGAAGCAACAGAGCUUUGGCUCAUUCAAUGGCCCAUUAACCAACCUCCUGACUUCGAUGGGCAAGAAGUGUCACUCAAACUUAAUCAUGACGGACAGUUAGGCACUUUCAAGGGUUCAUCUGGAAAAGAAUAUGAUGUCGUGAGUUUUGCAGCGCAAGAACCAGAUGCAACAGUUUUCCUAUCCUCUGGACCAGAGUCAAAAAUUGUUGGGAAGAUUUCUCGCUGCGUUUCUCUUGUCCAUUACCCAGACCCUGAGGAACUUCAAAAGUUGAGUUCUGACAAUCUGAGACAGAUGUAUCAGAAAUCUUCUGGAGUUUCAUUGACAACUUCACAUUAUUCUGCUUCUGGAAUGCGAGGUGCUAAUAUGAGAAACAUGCCAUCGAUGAGUGGUCGGGUUACCUCUACACAUAGUAGCAGACAGAGAAGUUCUUUAUCAGAAGUUGGAGAGCCAUCAAAGCCAUUGAAGAGGAGACGCGCCGAAGAGUCCCCUAGAUCCAUGGAUCGACACACUCAAGAUUCUGGACGUGGUCAUAGUGCAGUUACUUCUUCUGAUUCCUUGGAGCAUUCUCAACAAGGGAAACCAAACAAGAAAAAAUUGAAGUAGCGUGAUCAUUUUCCCCUCUUGGUACUGCCCUUUUGAAAAAUGUCCAAAUGCAACUGUUUUCAAGACUGAAAGCUGAUUGUUCUUCUCAAAAUCUAUGAUGUUAUGGUUGUUCCAAUUUUGCUCUUGGGAUCUCGUAAAAUUAUACACUAUUAAUAUAAUUAUAUCCCCAACAAUUUAAUCCU